AUGCUGCCGUUAACAUCAGUGUUAUGCUUAGGCCUGGUAUCCUUGAGCCGAGCAGGAUACAUACUCCAAGAUGACUACAGCCCAACGAACUUCUUUUCGCAAUUCGAUUUCUUCACGGCCGACGAUCCAACACACGGCUACGUGAACUACGUCGAUCAAGCCACUGCAACAGCCAACGGUUUGAUCAACACCAACAAUGGGACCGUUUACAUGGCUGCCGAUAGCACCAACUUCGCAUCAGGUCGCGGCCGCAACUCGGUGCGCAUCACUUCUCGUAAGGCCUACAACACAGGUCUCAUCAUACUCGACCUGGAACACAUGCCUGGCGGCGCCUGCGGCGAGUGGCCAGCUUUUUGGACCGUAGGGCCGAACUGGCCCAACUCCGGCGAGAUCGACAUUAUCGAGGGCGUCAACUCGCAGUCUUCCAACGCCAUGGCGCUGCACACGUCUUCCGGAUGCUCCAUCUCAGCGGGAGGCGGCAACGGUAGCGGCUGGGGCAAUGUCGGAGCACAAAAUGCCAUGAGCGGCACCAUCGUUACCCCAAAUUGCGACGUCGCUGCCCAAGGGCAAGCCGCCAACGCCGGCUGCAGCAUCAAGUCGUCCGACACAUCCACCUAUGGCUCCGGAUUCAACGCCGCUGGCGGCGGCAUCUAUGCCACCGAAUGGACGAGCUCCACCAUCAAGAUCUGGGCUUUCACGCGGGGAAACAUUCCAGCCGACAUCGCCAGUGGCAAUCCCAUACCGGCGAAUUGGGGCACGCCCUUGGCCGUCUUUGGCGCGCCGUGCCAGAUUGGAAACUAUAUCAAGGACCAGAACAUCGUCUUUGAUAUUACUUUCUGCGGCGACUGGGCAGGGAAUGUGUGGAACACCGAUAGCACCUGCAGCGCCCUCGGCAACAGCUGCCAGGCAUAUGUGCAAAGUAACCCGGCGGCAUUCAAGAACAGUUACUGGUCCAUCAACUCGCUGCGUGUGUACAGCCAGCAGGGUGGCGCAGGACCAAGCGCUAGCGGCUAUCCAGGGUGGCAGCCGCAACCUACAAAUGUGCCGCAGGGUCACGGUCAAGGGCAGGGCGGAGCCCCCCCCGUUGGACCCGGCCAAGGGCAAGCUGGAGGGCAGCAGGGUCAAGGUGGUUGGGGCCAGCAAUCUUGGCCCCAGGGGUCUGGACGGCCGGGCUCUGAUCAGCAAUGGGGACCGCCGCAGUCUCCAAACCCUGGUAACGCGAACGUCAAAUUCAGUCAAUACCAGGGCCAGAGCCGGCCACAAAGCCGCCCCAAUGGUAACAACUACGCAGCCGCCCCCAAUCAGAACCAGAAAUGGGGCGGCCAAGGCAACUACUACUUUCCCCGACCCGUGACUCCUCGCUCAACAGUCGAAGCUCCAGAGGAGGAAGUCUUCGAGCGCGCCGUGUCUCGGGACGCCCCAUCAUCGCCGCUCAACAAUGUGGUGGAGGAAGCGGCGCCCGCAGAACUUGCCGAGCGUGAAGCAGCCCGCGGCUACGCACCCUACGUCGGCGCCAACGGUAACAUCUACCAGGGUCAAAGUCGUGGCCAACGUCCACAAAACCAGGCUCAAGGUCAAGGCCGCCGUCCGCAGAACCAGGGUCAAGUUCAGGGCCAACGUCCGCAAAAGCAACCUCCCAAGCAGACAGCGCCGGCAGUCAAGCCCAACGCUGCAGUCAAUGUCAACAAUGCCAACAACGGCAACGCUCGCCCCACAGUCACAGUGACCACAACCAUCACUUCUGGAGUAGUGACUAGUACGUUGAAGCGCGGCAUCAGCACGACCAGCAAACCGGCGGCGGCGGCGGCAGCUAAAGCAACAACGCCACCGAACGCUAAUGCGAACGUCAAGGCUGCUCAGCAAAUCCAGGCCCAACCCCACCGUCAGGCCCCGCAGCAACAGACUCAGAACCAGGACCAGAACAAGCCCGCCGCGGCCGCCCAACCGCAACAGAAGCAGCAGCAGGCGCAGCAACCUCAGCAACCCCAGCCGACGCCAACAGUCACGGUGACGAAGACACUCCUGGAAAAGCAAGCCGCACAGCCUUCUGCGCCGCCAGCGACCGCUCCGGGCACAGGCGCUGGAUCUGGAGGAAGGAGACCGAGGCGAGCCGCGACCGUGGAUGAGGAGUCACAGUCACAGCAGUCACAGAAGCAGCAGGAAGAGGAAGAGGAAGCGGAAGUCAUGGUGGAGAAACGCCUGCCGGCUCAAGCACGGGCAGCAGUGGUGGUGGUGGUAGAGGAGGAGGAAGAAGGAGGAGGAGGAGAGGCGAAGCAUAAGCAUAUGGGGAGGCAUCAGCAGAAGAGGCGCUUACGGUGA